CUCGCAGCAGUCUGGAUGUUGUUGGGGCGGUUUUGUGGCUUUUGGGAGAAGGCAGCCCGGGAAGUGUCCGAGCACUGAGCAUCCCAGCGGCCCCGGCUGUGGCUGCCGGCUUUCGGCGGAUCUCUCACCCCGGUGUGCAGUCAGCAGCCCCACGCCGACAGGAAGGAAGAUCAGCGAGACCCAGGGCAGGAAGGGGCGAGAAGCGAACGAAAAAGAGACAAAAAGCACCGGGCUGGAAGCGGCGGGGGAAGCCGGACCCACCUCCCGCAGGUGCUGCCCCGAGCAUCGCCCCGGCCCGGGUCCCAUCGGCUGCGGGGGACACCGGGGGGAAGGGUGGCUUCCACCUCGCACCUGAACAUCCCUGGAGGAGGAAACAAAGCCCUGGGGACACGGAGCUGAGCGGGACACGGAGGGGCUGCAUCCUCCAGGAUGCCCUCACCCAUCCUCUGCUCACACAGCGAGCCGGGCAAGGCGGCACGGGGCCAAGCAGGGCCAUGGACAGGGGCUGAGGAGCCCUGGCUGGUACUGUGAGCUGGCCAGGGACACACAGGGUGGCCCAUGGGACCCUGCUGCUGCCACCACAGCUCUGCUCGCCCCGGGACCGCCCAUGUCACAGGAGGCCUCUGAUGGAAGGGGCCUGCAUCAACCAGUACCGCUGGCACCUGGUGAGAUCCAUCUCCCCACAGCUCCUGGAGGACAUCACCUUCCCUCUGCACAGGCUGGAGGACAUCACCUUCCCUCUGCACAGGCUGGAGCUCCUGAGGGCCCAGGGGGCUGCCCAGGUGCAGGCAGUGAGCCCCCUGCCCCAGCAGAACCCGUGGUGCAGAAGCACCUGGAGAGCCUCCAGAGCUCCUGUGGGAAUGGCCUGGAGACAGGAGCCCUGCAGCGCCUCACCAACCUGCUGCUGGUGGAAGGCCUGACCGACAUCCAGCAGAAGGAGCACGACAUCCUGCAGGUGGAAAUCACCAAAGGCCUGCCAAACACAUCCCAGAGCAUCCCCCUGGAGAAGCUGUUCCUGCCUCUCUCCAAAGUCAGCAUCCCCCCUCGGAUCUCCGUCACCAUCGGCGUGGCCGGGAUUGGCAAGAGCACGCUGGUGAAGCUGUUUGUCUGCAGCUGGGCAAAGGGGGAGAUCAGCAGGGACACCAUGUUCGUGCUGCCCCUCACCUUCCGGGAGCUCAACACCUACGAGAAGCUCUCUGCCGAGCGCCUGCUGUGCUCGGCCCGCCCUCACACCACCGAGCCCGGCCCCAUCUCGGCCGGAGCCGCCCGGACCCUGCUCAUCCUCGACGGCCUGGAUGAGUUCAAAACCCCCUUGGAUUUUUCCAACGCAGUGGUUUGCACCGAUCCCAAGAAGGAGAUCCAAGUGGACAGCCUGAUCACCAACAUUAUCAGGGGUAACCUCCUGCAGGAGGCCUCCGUGUGGGUCACGUCGCGGCCGGCGGCGGCCGGGCAGAUUCCCAGCGGGCUGGUGGAUCGGAUGACGGAAAUCCGAGGGUUUGGGGCUGCAGAGAUGAAGGACUUCUUGGACCAGAUGUUCCUGGGCAACAGAGAUCUGUCCAGCCAAGUCCUGCAGCACAUCAGGGCUAACAGGUCACUACACGUCCUGUGCACCAUUCCUAGUUUUUGCUGGAUUUCUGGCUCCUCAAUCGCUUAUUUCCUGAAACGCAGCAGCGACCGAUCCCGAGAAGCGACCGUGGUCCCCAGGACCCUGUCAGAAAUCUACUCCUAUUAUUUUAAAAUGGCUCUGAGCGGUGACUGGCUGGAAAAGCCACGAGAAACCCUCAGGAUUGAGCAGGCUGUGAACACCAGCAAGAAGCUGGUGGGCAGCCUGGGCAGGCUGGCCUUCUGCGGGCUGCUGCGGAGGAAACACGUGUUCUACGAGCAGGACAUGAAGGCCUACGGCAUCGACCUGUCCCUGCUGCACAGCAGCCUCUCCACCCGCCUCCUGCUCAAGGAGGACAUGCAGGCCUCCACAGCCUACUGCUUCUCCCACUUAUCCAUCCAGGAGUUCCUGGCAGCUCUUUAUUACUACACGGCGGCCAAGCGGGCCUUCUUCGACCUCUUCACGGAGAGCGGCGUGUCCUGGCCCAGGCUGGGCUUCCUCAGCCACUUCAGGAGCGCCGUUCAGCGGGCGCUGCAGGCCGAGGACAGGCAGCUGGACAUCUUCAUCCGCUUCCUCUCGGGGCUCCUGUCCCCGCAGGUGAACGAGCUGCUCUCAGGGUGGCUGCUGGUGAAGGAUGAGCACGGCGGGCUCAGGAGCCAGGCCAUCGGCAUCCUGCAGGGCUGCCUGAGCGCCGAGCACGCCGUCUCCUCGCGCGCCGUCAACGCCGUGCGCUGCCUGCACGAGAUCCAGCACACGGACACCGCCAAGGCUGUGGAGGAGGCCAUGAGGAGUGAGAGCUUGGCUGGGAUGCUCACCCCCAUGAACUGCUCUGCCCUGGCUUAUCUCCUGCAGGUCUCUGAUGUUUGCCUGGAGGAGACAAACCUCUCCAACUGCCUCACCUACAAUGUCUGUAAGAGCCUGCUCUCCCAGCUCCUCUUCUGCCACAACCUCAGGCUGGACAAUAACCAGUUUAAGGAUGAUGUGAUGGAGCUGCUGGGCAGUGUGCUGAGUGUGAAGGAUUGCCAGAUCCAGAGACUCAGCUUGGCAGAAAAUCAGAUCAGCAACAAGGGAGCCAAAGCUCUGGCCAGGUCUCUGCUGGUGAACAGGAGCCUGAGGGUGCUGGACCUGCGGAGCAACUCCAUCGGCCCCACCGGAGCAAAAGCCCUGGCUGAUGUCCUGAAAAAAAACCAAAUCCUGCUCUCCCUGAACCUCCAGCACAACUCCAUCAAGGAGCAGGGGGCCACCUUCCUGGCCGAGGCCCUGCUGACCAACCACCGGCUGGAGACCCUGCACCUGCAGAAAAACGCCAUCGGAGCCCAGGGCGCCCGGGAAAUCGCGGAGGCGCUGAAGCAGAACCGCAGCCUGAGGGAGCUGAUACUCUCGAGCAACUCAGUGGGAGACAACGGCUCCAUCGCCUUGGCCGAAGCUCUGAGGGUGAACCACAGCCUGCAAAGCCUUGAUCUCCAGAGCAACUCCAUCAGCAGCACAGGGGUCACAGCGCUGACAGCAGCUCUCUGCUCCAACAAGGGACUCCUCAGCCUCAACCUCCGGGAGAACUCCAUCAGCAAGGAGGGCGGUCCCGCCAUCGCCCGCGCCCUGCGGAGCAACAGCACCCUCAGGAAGCUGGACUUGGCAGCCAACCUGCUGUACGAUGACGGGGGCAAGGCCAUCGCCUCGGCCAUCAAAGAGAACCGGGCACUCACGUCCCUCCACUUGCAGUGGAACUUCAUCCAGGCCAAAGCAGCCACGGCCCUGGCACAAGCACUACAGUCCAACAGCAGCCUGGCCAGCCUCGACCUGCAGGAGAACGCCAUCGGAGACGAGGGAAUGGCCGCCCUGUCCGCUGCACUCAAGGUCAACACCACCCUGGCAGAUCUCCACCUGCAAGUGGCUUCAGUUGGUGCGGCCGGUGCCCAAGCCCUGGCAGAAGCCUUGAUGGUCAACAAGAGCCUGCAGAUCCUGGACCUGCGGGGAAACUCCCUGGGCCUGGCGGGGGCCAAGGCCGUGGCCAACGCGCUGAAGGUGAACCGCAGCCUCCGCUGGCUCAACCUGCAGGAAAACUCCCUGGGCAUGGACGGAGCCAUCUGCAUCGCCACAGCCCUGAAGGGCAACCACGGCCUCACCUAUGUCAACCUGCAGGGGAAUCGCAUUGGGCAGUCGGGAGCCAAGGUGAUCUCGGACACCAUCCGGACAAACUCGCCCGACUGCGUCGUGGACGUGUGAGGGGUCCUGGCUGCAGCGAGGGGGGCCUGGGGGUCCCUGUGCCCUGCUGACUGCAGGGAGCUCCUUGGUGCCCAUCUCAGGGAUGAGAACUGGGGCAAGGAAAGCUCCUGAGCUCCUGGCAUGGCCCAGGACUGAGGGUGUUGGGUCAGGAGCGUGGGAGGGUCAAUGCUGAAAGCUGAGGGAUGUGUUAUAUCCGUGUCUGUGCUCAUCCAGGUCCUGAUGAAAUGGGGGAAAUGCAAAAAGGAGUGAGGAGGGGCAGAUUCCACAUGCCAGACCUCGAUUUUGUGGAUGAUUUAUCUGCUGGUGGCAGCAACUCCUCCUGUGAUCUCCCUGGUGCUUUGUCACCCCUGGCUCCCCUUGAAAUCCCAGAUGGACACGAGAUUUGCUGCUGCCUUGCUCGGGGUGUGGUGCUGUGACCCUGGGCACUGGCAGGUCCUGGCUGACACACCUGAAGUGUUUGGUAGAGCUGUUCUCUGUGCAAGAGUGAGGUAACCCAAGGCAUAGGAGUGGAACUGUCUAGAAAGACCUUGGAAAAUAAAGAGUCCUCAGGAAAAUGGAGGAGUAGGAGGGUGAAUGUAAGAGGAACUGCACUGCCCGAGGCUGGGCUGUCCCCAGCACAUCUUGGUGCUACACCAGGACUGCCUCAGCUCAAAAUUCCGCCUCUCAGCUUCAGGACAGAGCUCUUGGAUCUCCUGCUGCUGCUGUC